AUGUCCGGCUUUGACGCUGAUAGGAUCUUUACCGCCAAUGCGCCGACAGAGGCGCGCACUCGCGUUGAGAACGCACCAGCAGCAGUCGAAGCAGACUUGCUCGAAUUUAUCCUCGAGUUUCGCGUCGGCGGCCAGUUCAAGUACCGAGAUGCUCUGCGUGGGAACUUACUUCUCAAGCACUAUCAACUUGAGGUAGACUUGCGAGAUAUCAACAUGUACAAGGAGGAUCUGGCGAGCAAGAUCCAGAAAGAGCCUUCAGAUAUUCUACCCUUGUUUGAGAACGCGGCGACCCGCGCUGCACGACAGAUACUCUUCCCAUCACUUCGUAACCGGCCGGACGACCCGACAGCGGACGACGAGGAUGUGGAUGAAAUAGCCAAACGCGCGAAGGCGCUCCCGAAAGUCCAGAUCACCGUGCAAUCAGGACUCAAUAUGGCACCGUUCCGCGAUCUUACCGCGGCCACUAUGAAUCAGCUCGUGCGCAUACCAGGAAUAGUCAUCGCCGCUUCUGUGCUGUCUUCCCGCGCAACCAAGUUGCAUCUUCAGUGUCGCGCGUGCCACGGCGUGAAGAUCAUGUACCCUUCGAGUGGUUUGGGAGGCAUUGGCCAGGGUAGCGAUCGUGGUUUGCCCAGGGUUUGCGAAACACCAGCGCCUGAAGGACAGAAGAAGGAUUGCCCACUCGACCCGUAUUUGAUUGUCCACUCUAAGAGCACGUUUACGGACCAUCAGGUUCUCAAGCUGCAAGAGGCUCCGGACAUGGUCCCUGUCGGAGAGUUGCCACGCCACAUGCUGCUCUCCGCCGACAGGUAUCUCACUGGCCAGGUUGUGCCCGGCUCGCGAGUCAUUGCCACCGGCAUCUACUCUACGUACUCAUCCGGCAAAGAUAAAAGUGCUGGUGCAGCCGCACUACGCUCCACGUAUCUCCGUUUGGUGAACCUAGAACUUUCUUCUCCGUCUGUCGGUGGCGGUGGCGCAAAUCCUUUUGGCGUUCAGUUCUCCCCUGAAGAAGAGGAGGAGUUUGGAGAGAUGGCUCGCUCUGAUGGAUUCUACGAGAGGUUCGCGAAGAGCGUGGCGCCCAGUAUCUUUGGUAGUCUUGAUAUCAAGAAGGCGAUUACCUGUCUUCUUUUUGGAGGUUCCAAGAAGAUAUUGCCGGACGGAAUGCGCUUGCGAGGCGAUAUCAACGUCCUGCUGCUCGGUGAUCCUGGUACUGCGAAGUCGCAACUGCUGAAAUUCGUCGAAAAGGUUGCUCCAAUAGCAGUGUAUACUUCAGGCAAAGGUUCUUCCGCUGCCGGUUUGACCGCAUCCGUUCAACGGGACAGCACGUCACGUGAGUUCUACCUUGAGGGAGGCGCCAUGGUGCUUGCCGAUACCGGCGUCGUCUGCAUCGACGAGUUCGAUAAGAUGCGGGACGAGGACCGCGUUGCGAUCCACGAAGCGAUGGAGCAGCAAACGAUCUCGAUCGCGAAGGCUGGGAUCACUACGGUGUUGAAUUCCAGGACAAGUGUUCUCGCCGCCGCCAACCCCGUAUGGGGUCGUUACGACGAUCAGCGGAGUCCCGGAGAGAACAUUGAUUUCCAAACUACCAUCCUUUCGCGUUUCGAUAUGAUCUUCAUCGUGAAGGACGAGCACAACGAAGCCCGCGACAAGAUGAUCGCUAAGCAUGUUAUGAAUAUCCACAUGAACCGGCCCAAUGCCGAGGAGACCGUCGGGGAGAUUGACCUUGACAAGAUGAAACGCUACAUUGCUUACUGCAAGGCGAAAUGCGCGCCACGGCUAUCUUCGGAGGCUAGUGAGAUGCUGUCUUCGCACUUCGUCUCUCUCCGUCAGCAGGUCCAACGCGUCGAGCAAGAUAACGACGAGCGGUCCUCAAUUCCGAUCACAGUCCGCCAAUUGGAAGCUAUCGUCCGCAUUUCCGAGUCGCUCGCGAAGAUGACACUUUCCACGACUGUUCAGAAUCAUCAUGUCGAAGAGGCAAUACGCCUGUUCAAGUUCAGUACAAUGGACGCCGUCUCUGCUGGCUCGGUGGAAGGUCUUUCCCGUGGUGAACUGAAUCAGGAGAUCACACGGAUCGAGAAGGAGAUCCGGCGCCGGUUGCCUGUCGGCUGGAGUACGAGUUACCAGAGCUUGGUGAAGGAGUUCGUCAGCGGUCAAGGUUUCAGUCAGCAUGCGCUCGAGCGCACUCUAUUCGUACUUGAGAAGAGGGAAGUCAUUCGCUUCUCAGGUCAGAAGAAGGUCGUUCACCGGGUCGGCGUGUGA